GCGCUGUCUCUCUCCGGUGCCUGUGGCGUGUUGUGGCCGCUCUGUCCGUUGUUUCCCGGCGCCGUCCUGCUGCCGCCACCGCCACCGCCGCUCGGUGCGACUCUGUGAAACUCCCGCUUUGCUGGACACCUGAGAGAGAACCGCCGGGAUUCAUGAGCAGAGGCCAGUAGUGAUCUACAGAAAGGGAAAACUCAAAGGAGAUGGCUUUCCCACAAUCGAAAUCUGCAGAUGGAAAGAUCAUAAUCUACCCUCCUGGUGUUAAGGAAAUUACCGACAAAAUUUCCAACGAUGAAUUGGUCAAAAGGCUAAAGAUGGUGGUGAAAACAUUCAUGGAUAUGGACCAGGACUCUGAAGAUGAAAAGCAACAAUAUCUUCCAUUGGCUUUGCAUUUGGCUUCGGAAUUCUUUCUCAGGAAUCCCAAUAAAGAUGUUCGUUUGCUUGUGGCUUGCUGUCUGGCUGAUAUCUUCAGAAUCUAUGCUCCAGAAGCUCCGUAUACGUCUCAUGACAAACUUAAGGAUAUUUUCAUGUUCAUUACACGGCAACUGAAAGGAUUGGAAGAUACCAAAAGUCCACAGUUCAAUAGAUAUUUUUAUUUGUUAGAGAAUUUGGCGUGGGUCAAGUCAUAUAACAUCUGUUUUGAGCUUGAAGAUUGUAAUGAGAUUUUUAUACAGCUCUUCAGGACUCUCUUCUCGGUCAUUAACAACAGCCACAAUCAGAAGGUUCAGAUGCACAUGUUGGAUUUGAUGAGUUCUAUCAUCAUGGAAGGAGAUGGAGUAACUCAGGACCUACUGGACUCUAUUCUUAUCAACCUUAUUCCUGCUCACAAGAACAUGAAUAAGCAAGCUUAUGAUUUAGCUAAAGUACUCCUGAAGAGAACAGCUCAAACAAUUGAACCAUGUAUUGCGAGUUUCUUCAAUCAGGUCCUAGUUCUGGGAAAGUCUUCAGUGAGUGAUUUAUCCGAACACGUUUUUGAUCUCAUUAUGGAACUUUUCGCUAUUGAUCCUCAUCUCCUUCUCUCAGUUAUGCCACAGCUGGAGUUUAAACUUAAGAGUAAUGAUGGAGAAGAGCGAUUGGCUGUUGUUCGACUCUUGGCUAAGUUGUUCGGUGCAAAGGAUUCAGAGCUCGCAACACAAAAUCGUCCACUCUGGCAGUGCUUCCUUGGACGAUUUAACGAUAUACAUGUUCCUGUGAGACUAGAAUGCGUGAAGUUUGCAAGUCAUUGUUUGAUGAAUCAUCCAGACUUAGCCAAAGAUCUUACAGAAUAUUUGAAGGUUCGAUCACAUGAUCCAGAAGAGGCAAUCCGGCAUGAUGUCAUUGUUACAAUAAUAACAGCAGGGAAGAAAGAUCUAUCACUAGUGAAUGACCAACUGCUUGGGUUUGUGAGGGAGAGAACACUAGACAAAAGGUGGCGAGUGCGGAAAGAAGCAAUGAUGGGUUUGGCUCAACUAUACAAAAAGUACUGUCUUCAUGCAGAGGCUGGGAAGGAGGCUGCUCAAAAAGUAAACUGGAUCAAGGACAAACUCCUGCAUAUCUAUUACCAGAACAGCAUUGAUGACAAAUUAUUGGUGGAAAAAAUCUUCGCUCAGUACCUUGUUCCACAUAAUCUGGAGACUGAGGAAAGAAUGAAGUGUUUGUAUUACCUUUAUGCUUCCUUGGACCCAAAUGCAGUAAAAGCAUUGAACGAAAUGUGGAAGUGCCAGAACAUGUUACGGAGUCAUGUCCGGGAGUUAUUAGACCUGCACAAACAGCCUGCUUCAGAAGCAAACAAUACUGCAAUGUUUGCCAAGCUAAUGGCGAUAGCAAAAAAUUUGCCUGAUCCAGGAAAAGCACAAGAUUUCAUGAAGAAAUUCAACCAGGUGCUGGGUGAUGAUGAGAGGCUGCGGGUUCAGUUAGAGCUGCUGAUUAGCCCAGCAUGUUCAUGUAAACAAGCAGAAGUCUGUGUGAGGGAAAUUACACGUAAACUAGCAAAUCCAAAGCAGCCCACGAAUCCCUUUCUGGAAAUGGUGAAAUUCCUACUGGAGAGGAUUGCACCAGUACACAUCGAUUCGGAAGCCAUAAGUUCUUUAGUGAAACUAAUGAACAAAUCUAUAGAAGGGACUGCAGAUGAUGAAGAGGAAGGUGUGACCCCCGAUUCUGCAAUCAGGGCAGGCUUGGAGCUGCUUAAGGUUUUAUCAUUCACACAUCCCACCUCCUUCCACUCUUCAGAGACCUAUGAAUCACUGUUACAAUGUCUAAAGAUGGAGGAUGAUAAAGUAGCUGAAGCUGCUAUUCAAAUCUUCAGAAAUACUGGACACAAAAUAGAGACUGACCUUCUACAAAUUCGUUCCACCCUCAUUCCCAUUCUGCAUCAGAAAGCAAAAAGAGGUACCCCUCGCCAGGCUAAGCAAGCUGUACACUGCAUUCAUGCCAUUUUCACAAACAAAGAAGUACAGUUGGCACAGAUCUUUGAGCCACUAAGCAAAAGCCUAAAUGCUGACACCCCAGAACAGCUGAUAACGCCGCUCGUCUCCCUCGGACACAUUGCUAUGUUGGCCCCAGAUCAGUUUGCAUCUCCAAUGAAAUCAGUGGUUGCAAAUUUUAUUGUCAAAGAUUUACUUAUGAAUGACAGGGUAUGUCAGUUUCCUGGAGGGAAAAAUGGUAAAUUGUGGACUCCAAAUGAAGAAGUCUCUCCAGAGGUGCUCGCUAAGGUUCAAGCCAUUAAGCUUUUGGUACGGUGGUUGUUAGGGAUGAAGAACAACCAAUCCAAAUCUGCGAAUUCCACACUCCGGCUGCUAUCGGCCAUGUUGGUCAGUGAGGGUGACUUAACUGAACAGAAAAAGAUAAGUAAAUCUGAUAUGUCUCGAUUACGGUUGGCUGCAGGAUGUGCCAUACUAAAACUUGCACAAGAACCUUGUUAUCAUGAGAUUAUCACCCCAGAGCAGUUCCAGCUCUGUGCACUUGUUAUUAAUGAUGAGUGCUACCAGGUGAGGCAGAUAUUUGCUCUGAAACUCCAUAAGGCCCUCGGGAAAUUGCUGCUUCCAUUGGAGUACAUGGCAGUGUUUGCACUCUGUGCCAAGGACCCUGUGAAAGAGCGAAGAGCGCAUGCCAGACAGUGCCUCCUUAAAAAUAUAAGUAUACGGAGAGAGUAUAUCAAACAGAACCCAAUGGCUCAUGAGAAGCUGUUAUCUCUAUUGCCAGAAUAUGUAGUUCCAUACACCGUUCAUUUGCUUGCUCAUGACCCAGAUUUUACGAAAAUACAGGAUAUUGAACAGCUGCGUGACAUCAAAGAGUGCCUAUGGUUCAUGUUGGAAGUUUUAAUGACAAAAAAUGAAAAUAAUAGUCAUGCUUUUAUAAGAAAAAUGGUGGAGAACAUCAAACAAACAAAGGAUGCCCAAGCACCAGAUGAUGGCAAAAUGAAUGAGAAACUCUACAUAGUAUGUGAUGUGGCGCUUAUUGUCAUCACAACCAAAAGUACUACCUAUAACCUGGACUCCCCAAAGGAUCCUGUACUGCCAACGAAGUUCUUCACCCCACCUGACAAAGACUCCAGUAAUAACAAGUGCUACUUGUCAGAUGAGGCAAAGACAUUAUUACUGACAGGGAAGCCCAAACCAGCCACUGUACUGGGUACAGUAAAUAAACCAUUGUCAGCUGCUGGUAGAAGACCACAAGACAGAGCUGCAGGGUUAGAGAUGGGAAGUAAUAUAAGUGGAAACUCCGAGCCCAGUUCACCAGCCCCAAAUAGGGGAAGGGAGCAGAAUUCGGAAGUUCCAGAAACAGAAGUUAGUGAGAAUGAGGAAAACCCAGUCAUAUUACUUACGGUUGUACCAGCUAAAACGGAGAAGAAGGAUGAGCCAGUCAGAAACAAGGAGAUGUCCUCUGAACAGUCUUUACCACCACAGACCAGUACAGAACGUGGAAAAAAAAGGACAGCGCCAGCUGGUUCCGAGAAUAUUCAGCAGAUAACAGAAGAGAGAAAAUCUGAAGAGUCAGCAGCACCGGUUCCACCCAAAGCCAGACGAGGACGUCCUCCCAAAGCUGUAUCUGAAAGUAAUACUGCAAAGAACUCAGACCCAAACAAAGCUGCAGGAAGAGGCAGAAAGCGAGUUGCAGCCAGUCAGGAGAGUCCUGCAGAACCAGAAACAACAAAUGUUAAAGUACCAAAACAGCAAGAAACAAACGUCAAGCGAGCAUCAGCACAGCGACAAAUGGAUCUACAAAGAAUCCAGGUUUUGGACAGUGAUGGAUAUUCAGUGAUGGAUCUAGAGUCUACUCCAGAAAGUUCAGCUGAGGAACUGGAUUUGUUUAAAUCCUGUGAGAGCAGCCAGAAUGAGGUUGAUAACACAAAGCUAGCAGAGAGAGGCUUCCUUAAGGUAAGAAGAAAGUCCAUGCCAAAGGGAAGGAGACAAAGGCUGUAGAAAAGAAGUAUUCCUUGCCACUGAGGGAAAUGUACCACAUAAAAGGAUUUGAGAUACUAUACAAAACCUUAAAUUAGUUUACACAACUCCUCACCCUCAAAACAUCAGGACAGCACUGCAUCAGAGUUUUAGUUAAGAUAUUAUUGAACUCCUUCAUUUAAAUUUAAUUGAACAUUUAACUUUGCAAUGUUGGAAGGACAGCAUUGUAAUUCCCUGGGAUUAUUUUUAUGAAGCAUUUUAUAUGUUAAGAUUACUUAACUAUUAUCAACACUCAUAAAAAUAAUUGCUAGAUUAGGAUUUUGUUACAAGAUGUCUUAUUUAACCAUUUUAAUUAUGCAUCAGUAAUUUGACUGCAGCAGUUUACCUUCCAAAGUAAGUUAUUACACUGAUUUGUGAAGUCGUUAGUGGUGCAUUAUCGUCAUGCGUUACUAUCAAUUUUUUCAGGCAGAAGCAUUUGUAUUAUUUAAAAUAGUCCCAUAUUGAACAGAAUUUGAUUUUGGUGAGUGUGGAAGAAUGAAACUAUUGCUUAAAAGAGCAGUUGGAUAUACACUUAUAAUAUUUGGAUCUACUGCCAUACAUGUCGUAAAGACUUACAAAAAAAAAGUGAUUACUAAAGUCUGCUGUUAGACGUUGGGGAUAUUUUUGACACUGUUCUUUGAAAUGUUUGCACUGAGUCCAUAUUGUUUAUCCUUCUCAAUAAGAAAUCGCAGCAAGUUAUGUGUAUCUGUAGACUAGCCAGAGUCUGUAUUUACAAAAAAAGUCAUAUUUUUGUGUAAUAUAUAUUAACAGUUAAUGGAAUUUGCACAGGGAAAUGUGGGUCUUUUGUGAAUACAGACUGAAGUCUCAUGAUGGCAUGAUAAUGGAAUUGCUGCCUUUUGUGCUUUUCUCCCCCUCCACUCCAAUGUAUCCUUUUUUUUCUCUUCUGCUUACCUUCAUUUCCCCAGGAGAGUGAGGAUGAUCUGAAAAUAUGGAGUUCUCUACAGUUGCCAAUGGCCAAUAGGCAACACACUUUCUAGGGUGGGAUUGGGCUAUUUGUAUUUAUGUCUACCCUUUCCCUGAAUGGUUGAGCUUACAAUAAAACUCUACCAUCUGACAACCCAGCUGAGAACUCAUGAAGUUGAACCUUCGUAGCAAAGUGCAAAUGUUUGUUUAAGCUAGUGUUUGAAUUUGGGGUUCAAAGGACUCUUAUGUGGAUGUUCAAUACUCUGCUUAAUGGGUUAUUCUUGAAUUGCAGCUUUUAAUGUUGAAUAUUGGAAAGAGUAAAAAUUAGAACAGGAUGUUUUUAAAAAAUCCUCUAUCCUAACAUUACCUUUUAAAUCCUGCUUUUAGUAGUUUUAAUUUAUGAAAAUUUAUCAGAGGCCUUUUAUGUUCUACUUUCUUAUAAAAGUAUAUUGCUCUGAAAGGUAAAUGGAAACGUUUUGAGUUUCAGAUUUUUGUAUCAAAUCUUGAAGUAAAUUGAGGUACUUUUGAAAGACCAGUUUUAUGAUGAAAUGUUCAAGUUACCAGGCUCUGUAACCAAUGAUGUAAAAAAUGAAGUGUUUUAGAAAAAUUUGGAUUUUGGCAGCUUGUGAAGACAGUUCAAAAAGUUCAGAUCGUUAAUGCAUUUAACUGAGUGUUUUUAUUGAUAUGUUCAAAUUUUUUUAAAUACUAUUUUUCACCAGUUUGUCUCCCAGUUCACGCUCAUCUUUGUUUAUUUUAGUGAAAUUCGUUACAAUUGCAUCAAUGUUGUGAUUCCAGACAUUGUUCAUUGUAGUUAUUGUGUACAUUAUGAUGUACACAUGAUCAUAUUUAAAUUUUUGUUGCAUAAAAAAUAAAUGCUUCUUAGGUGUUUCCUGGUUUCUGUUUCUCUCUCUCAAAACCUGUACUCCUGAACAAUUUAACAGGAUAGAUUAAUGGCAAGAGAUGCAUAUUGAAAAUGAUUCAGUCUAUGUUUAAAAUUUUAAAUGAUGUGGAGUCAGGAGCAGGGAAGGAGAAACUGUCCAGAGAAGAUGAGCCUUCUUAGACUACUGGGAAACUUAAUCCAUCGCCACCAUACAUCAUGAAUUGAAUCCUCUCACUUCCGCCCUCAAAAAUGCAUAAUAAAGUGGGAAUUUUGACGUCUUAAUUUUCUACCUAAACCAUUGGGGCACAGUCAACAUGGUUUUAAAAAGGAUUUAUUUGUUGAUAAAGGACUUGUUUUUUGUUUCCAUGUCAAUUUAAAAGGAUUGAUCAAUCCCAGGCCAUUAGCAUCCUUGUGAACAGUUCACUGGCUUCAAUGUUGAAUCUCAUCAAUUAAGUAUCCAUUGACCAUGGCUUAUGAAUACCUUUUAUAGGUGGCCACUGUUGAAUUUCUAUCACCUGAAUUUUUCUUAUGCUUUAGUUAUACCUUCAAUUAUGGUGUCAUUUCAAUUUAUAACUGUAGUGUCAACGUCACCUAAGAUUAGUCUUUAUUUUCUGAAUCCUGUGUCUAUGGACGACUCCUAUAGCUAUUAAUUUUUAAAAAUUUUCUUUUCCAAUGACUGAAUCAAGCUGUUACUUGGAGUGCAUAGCAGAACUGAAGCUUUGUUAACAGGCUUGACAAGUUAUACAGAUUCACAGUAACCACCUAUCUGUUUGGAUUUCGCAGCUACAAACAAAACACAAGAAGUCACCAGGACAAGGCAGGUGCUGAUAUCUCCGUAAAACAAAUUCAGCAGCUGGCUUUCUGCCAAUAGUGAAUUGUGCCUUAACAGACAUGUCAAAUAACCACAACAGUCACUUCCUGGUAUUUGUAGUACUUCCUUCCAAUGUUGCAUGACUUUAAGCAGUAUGAGGCUUGCUUCAAACUCCGCAAAGACUUCAAUGCAGCUGGCUUGUUUACUAGAAGACUAGCUUGAUGAGCGUGUACUUUCUCAAUUGCUCCGGGUCAGAGAGUUUCACAGUUGAGCUAAGCAAGAGGUAUUCAUGAGUAUUGCAGGAAAACAAACCUGAGGAGUGGUUUCCAGCAAUUUAUGACCAAUUUGAAGUUGUUACCAAGUCUUCUGGACUAGCACAACCUUUGAUGCAAGACUUGUCUAACUCUAGGUUCUGUAUCUAGAAGAUAGAUAGAUAAAAGUGGAAGAGCACUUUUGUGCUCUAGGGAACUUAAUUUUAUAUCUUGUCGGAAAAAAAGUCAUUAAGCAAACUGGUUUUAAAUACUCCUGAGAAGUCAACUUCGAUUUUAUAAGAAAAACAAAGAUGGAUAUAAGCUCUAUUAUAUAAAAUGACAGAAUAUGGAAAUGCCCAAAGCUGCUAACCACCCACGAAAGUGUAAAGAGAAUUAAAUGUUUGAAAGGAAAUUGUAUUCAGCAUUGAAACUGCAAAUGUGCAUUACCUCCUCCCUAUUCCACCAGAUGAAGUUUAUGUAUGUUCUCUAGACUAUUGUUAACACUUCCCAAAGCAACUCUGCAAUUGUGAACAAUGUACAAUAAAAAUAUUGAAAACAAUUAGGAGGAUCAGUGUUAUAGCAAUCAACUAUGAAUGGCCUUAAUAGAUGGAACACACCGCAUUACAUAUAUGACUGAGGAACUCCAAAAAAGAACCUCUUGAAGUUACCUUUACAGAGAAUGUACUUUAUGAACAAUCCUAACUAUUUUGAGGACUACCAAUGGAGUUUGAAACCUUUCGGAGACCUUGAACACUUUAGAAUGCACAUCAGCAGUGAAUGGCUGCCAUAAUAGAUCGUAGCAAGAAUUCCUGUGGACUGCAUCCAAUAGUUUUUUUUAAAAAAUGGCAAAUGGCACAUUGUCAUGGAUUCAACUGUCAGUGAAGGAUUGCACCUAACCAAGAAAUAUUGAGUUCAGGGGAAUACAUGAAAAUUGAGGGCUACCUUUCUCAAAACAAGUAUUCAAACCUGUUGGACAGUACAGAAAUAUCUAGUUAUCUUUUAAUGGCUAAAGAAAGGUGCAAUUAGGCAAAGAAAAUUCAAGGUUUUGUUCCCUUUGUAAUCUAAAAAGGAUAUUUAUUUACACUUGGCAACCUUACAAGAUAUCUGUCAUGUUGCAUUGAAGAGGAAUGAAACAAUUGAGAAUCAGCAUAAUGUGCAGAUUUUGGAAUCAUUCCUUGUAAUAUAUUUGUGUUACUUGGUGACUGACCCAGGAAGUUGAGGUUGAGAGCCACGGAUUUGUUUUAACAUGUAUAUAGCAAAUGCAAUAUUAACAAUUAUCAAACUAUCAACUCACUUGAUUAAAUCUACUUUUCCAACUUU